GAUAAUCGACCAGUACGAACUGAACUUCUCGUCGGAGAAGAUCGUUCAUCGAUCAUGCUCCACGAAACGACGACGCUUGGCCGGUGGGCGGCGGUCUGCCUGAUACUGGUGCUUCACAGUGUCCGGGCCAAUGGGGCCAAUGUGGUGCUAGACGAGCUGCAAACGAAGGACUUUAACGACAACGAGUGUGGCCAACGAUUGGCGCAACGGGAGGGCCUCGUCAAGGGUGGCUACCUUACGCGCCCCGGCGAUUGGCCGUGGCAUGUGGCUCUCUAUCAGCGAGGCAUCAACAGUGACGGGUUCGAGUAUGCGUGCGGCGGUAGCAUCGUGCAUCGGUACCUGGUGCUGACGGCGGCACACUGCGUCACGUUCGCCGCCAGUCGACGGAAAAUACCGACCGAAAAUUUGCUGCUAAAGCUGGGCCGUUUCAACCUUUCGAACGAGGUGGAGGAACACGCCGAGGAGUUCAACGUGAUCGAAACGGUCGUGCACGUCGGGUUCCGGCCGACAACGUUCGAGAACGACAUCGCCAUCUUGCGGGUGGAAAUUCCAAUCAUCUUCAACGAAUACAUUCAACCCGUUUGCCUGUGGAAGCGAGACGAUGGGUUUGUCCUGCCGAAUGUCUACGGACAGUCGGGCACGGUUGUCGGGUGGGGUCUGGCGGAUGAAAAUCGCGCCGGAGCAGCGCUCAAUGAAGCCCGGAUGCCGGUGGUUGAUUCGUUGACGUGUCUGGCAAGUGAUCGUGCAUUUUUCGGCAGACUGCUGUACUCCAAAGCGUACUGCGCGGGAUAUAAAAAUGGAACGGGCGUAUGCAACGGGGACAGUGGUGGCGGAAUGUUUUUCCAGUUCCAAAACCGUUGGUAUCUGAAGGGCGUAGUGUCGUUCAGCAACACGAUCGACUCGUCCGGGCUGUGCAAUUUGAAGCAGUACAUCGGAUUUACCGAUGCGUCGCAGUACAUCGAUUGGCUGUACGAGAACACCCCGAACAGUGGCAUCAGCGACCCGAUCCUGGGGCAUCCCAACAUUCGACUGAUCAACCAGGGCAACUGUGGACGGAACGAGCACAUUUACGAGUUCGAGGAGAAGCGUAAACCCAUCUUCAAGCAGUACCCUUGGAUGGUGACGGUGCGCCACCCGUUCCAGGAUUCCGAGUACGUUCCGUGCAACGGCGUGCUGCUCAAUCGAAACUACAUCCUCACGACCACUUGCGUCGAUUGGCAGGACGAAGUCAGCGUGACGCUAGGCGAUUACGACACGGGGAAAACGAAGGACUGCGGUACGAUCGACGGAAGCGAGCAGUGCGUGUCCUCGGUGCAGACCGUCUCAGUCGGGCAGGUGUUUCGGAAGGAUGAGCUCGUGCUCGCACGGCUAACCAUCCCGGCUGUUAUCGGUCGCCGGGAUCACAUCGAGGCGAUCUGUCUGCCGGUCACUCCCCAGCAGCGCGAUCGUCUCUACAAUCGCUACAUCAUGACGGGCUGGAAGGAGAGUGGAUCGGAUUCGAAAAUAUUGCAGCGUGCCGUGCUGGACGCAGUCGAUCUGAAUCAGUGCCGGGCCGAACUGCAGUCCGAGGGUUAUCAUGCGGAAGCGUCCCAAAAGCUCGACGAUAGCAUCAUCUGUGCCCGAAACCUGAACAAUGCCUCGCGAUCACCACAGUGCAACGAUUACCAGCCCGGAUCGGCGAUACAGGCGAUCGAGAAAAAGUCGAAUCGAUACUUACUUUACGGGCUGCAGACGGGCAUUAGCUAUUGUACCGUGCCGGAACGGUACAUUGCUAUCAGCAAGUAUCUGCAAUGGAUUUUGGAUAACAUUCGUGGAUAACGGAUGGAUGGGGUUCGGAACUGAAGAUGCGGAAGCGGGCAUAUUUAGCGGGCACCGUGACGAAAAGCUGUGUGUGAAAUAAACAUGAAAUAUAAAAGGUGUUUAACUCAACAAGAAAACAAG